CUCCCCCGUCACAAGCUUAGUUUUUAAAAAUAAAGCCAAAAAUAAUAAAUGAGCCCUGCUCAUAAACUAAGUAACAACAAACAGUAGUAAAUAAAUAAAUAAUAAAAUAAACAGGAUAAUUUGAAUGCUCUAAUGUCAGUAUUUAAGUCCGAUGUGUCCGAGUGACACCUAUCUGAUAAGUAGAUAAUAUUUUUUAUAUUUAUUAUAAAUAAACAAAAAAUAUUAAAUAAAGCUGAGAUAAUAAAAAAAAAAGCCGUUAUACGAGUUUACUCGGCUAUGCCUCGUCGACUUUGCUCAUACUCACGACCCGUAGUCUCGUCGAUAGUCGAUACCCGCGGCUUCGGAGAGUAACAGCCCGGUCGCGUGUCCCCGUUGAGGAACUCUCUCUCUGUCAGUGUUAGAGAGUCCUCCUCAGCGGGUCUAUUUAUCUUCGAUAGCUGUUACUAUUAUUAUUAUUAUUAUUAAAAAAAAAAUAAAUAACAGAUACAGCAACAAGAUUUCUGAUAAAAUAAUAUUGAUGUUGCAGUAAGUUUUGAAAAUAAUUUUUUUAAAUAACGUCAAGUGUGUGGUGCUGUGGGGGUGUAAGGGAUGAAGGCCGGGAGGAUAAUUCUGGUGACGAUCUGAGAUCAGAAAUGUUGAAAUUCGGCAGCAAAAACGAUGUUACGGUGGUACAUCGUGCCACUAUUCGAUUACUUGACGACUCCGAAAUUAUCCACUGUGACUUUCAGCCCCAGCACAAAGGAAGAUAUAUCCUUGAGUAUGUAUGCAAACAACUUAACAUCAUUGAGACUGAUUACUUUGGACUUCGUUUCGUGGAUCAUUGCAGGCAACGACAUUGGCUGGACCUAGCGAAGUCGGUGAUCAAGCAAGUAAAAGAUAUGGAGCCAAUUCUGUUCAGCUUCCGCGUGAAAUUCUACCCACCAGAUCCCCUGAGGCUGAAGGACGAGAUUACGAGAUAUCAAAUUUAUCAGCAACUCAAGAGGGACCUUCUGCAUGGACGACUGUACUGCAGUCCAGGAGAGGCAUCGCUGCUGGCAGCUUGCAUACUCCACAAUGAGCUCGGCGAGUACGAUCCGGAGAUCCACGUGGGCAAUUACAUCUCUGAGCACAAGCUUCUGCUCAAGCAGACAGAGACCAUCGAAGAAAAAGCUAUGGAACUACAUCAAACACAGCUCAAGGGUUUUACUGCUGAACAAGCGGAGAUUCAUUUUCUCAGGCUAGCGUCUCAACUUGACACCUAUGCGGUUGAUCCCCAUCCUGUCAAGGAUCAUAAAGGGACCCAGUUGUACUUAGGAAUCAAUCAUCACGGAAUCCUCACAUUUCAGGGCUCACGGCAGACAAAUCACUUUCGCUGGUCUGAAGUACAGAAAAUAAAUUACGAGGGGAAAAUGUUUAUUGUCCAUUUGACCAUCACCGAGGAUUUGAGAACGAAGAAAAAACAUACCGUCGGCUUCAAGUGCCCGACUGGAUCCAAUUGCCGUCACGUAUGGAGAUGUGCUAUUGAGCAGAUGCUAUUUUUUACAUUGCCCAGAGCCUCGGACGCACCAGUCGUAAGCGGAGGAUCUAUAUUCUCGUGGGGCACCAAGUUUAAGUACACUGGGAGAACGGAGAGGGAAGUGUUGGAGGAAACGGCUGCGGCAUCUGCGGGUUCCGGAGAGGCUUCAUCGCUGCGUGGUAAAGGCGACGGAACAGUCCAACGUUGUCAGAGUGCUGGACUACGUAGAAAAGCGAGUAGUGUACCGGCAACACCAAGUACUCCGAGCCAAGAUCUCAUUGAAAUUCGAUAUUCAAGUUUGCCAAGAAGCUGCCAUAGCGCGGGCUUAGACGGCGCUGGUAUGGCUGAGGCAGGAGCAAAUGCCUCAGGUGUUCCCCUUAGUUCUCCCUAUUGCCCUGACAAUACAUUGCCACUAUUGGAGACUGUAUCAGAGGACCAAGAAAUAUAUGCCAAGAGAAAUAACGCGGUAGACGAAAAUGAAUCGCAUGCGAGUGCCACCCACACCACCACAUCCACCACAAAUCAAGUGAAAAAAGUGAAAUUAUCAAAUAAGAACACAUUUGGCCGCCCGCCGGCGUUGUACAGUCAAAAAAUAGUCAUAGGCUCUGAAGAACUUGUGGGAAAAAAUAUCGAUAAAGUGGUGCGACAAAAAAUAAACUCAUUUGAGAAAAGUCCUAAAAUUAUAAGAUCCACGGCGCUUAUUAUUAAGACAUCUAGAACACCCAUAAAAACGUCAUCAUCAUUGUCAGCAUUAUCUAAAAUAAAUCCACGUGCUAACAAUACAAAUCCGACAAUUAAAAAUUCAAAUACUUAUUCAAUAAUUGAUACGACAUCCGAACGUCUUAAUGGAUUUAAUAGCUCGGAAUCUCGCGAGAGCUUAAAAAAUUUUAUACCCGUUGAGAGUCAGGUAAGCCCGUCAUUGUCUGUCGUCAAAAUUACGAAUGCGACACUGAGUAAUGACAGUCUAGAAACCACAAAUACUACAACAACUUCUAAUACUACUUCAACAACACAAAAGACUACAGUUAAUGGCAGUAUAAUUUCCACAAGAACUAGAAAUGGACCAAUGGCUCUUGCUAUGGCAAUUGCUGCAGCAGCUGUAGCUGCCACUACAUCAAAUACUUCAACAUGCGGCGGUGGAAACACUUGCAAAGAUUUCCCGUCAAGUGUUAAAAAUGGACACGAACCAGUAGGAGGCCAAGUGGGCGACGGUGAUACAAAUGAUUAUUUCUUUCGAGACUCGUUCGAUCACUCGUCCUCCGAAAGUCAAUUACUGGAUGGACUUGGAAAAACACAAAGUAGAUCAGUCACGCCGGUACCAAAAAUGCAAAAGCUACAGAAUAGUAAACUUUGUUUGCAACCAGUUGGUGCAGGAACAAGAUCAGUUAUUGUCGGUGGUGGUACCAGUAGAUCACGUGCGUUACGUAGUGUCAGAUUUAUACGUCUAUUUGUAUCAGCAUUUGUUCUUACAGUAACGAUGUUGUUUAUCGUUAUUGUUAUUGUUUUUGAAACUGACUCGGCGGUGUUUGAAAGCAUGCGUAAAACACCUGAGAUGAUUGCGUUCAAAAGUCACUACUACGUGCCCAUCAAAGAGUUUCUCAGGACCAAACUCGGCCUAUUUUGAUUUGGCAAAUGGCCGAAUACGAGAAAAUCUUUGAAUGCUCAGUCAGUUUUUUUUCUUUUUUUUUUUUCUAAAUGAUAAUAAAUAAAUAAAGUAAUUAAUAAAUAAUUUGACAGUGCCAAGUCAAAAAUAGCCAAGCCAACAAAUUAUUAAACCAUCAUUAACUUCCAUUACUAUUUUGGAAAUCAUUAAAACAAUAAUUGUAAUUAUUUUAUUUCAAUUUGCUACUGAAAAAAUUUAUUGUACGCUAAUAUGACGGAUUAAUUAGCAAGGGCAUGGCCUAUCGAGACAGAUUUUUUAUAGAAAGAAAUUAUUAUUUUGUGUGAAAAUACUUCCUAAUAAAAAUAACAAAACAAAAAAAAAUUCGAAUGAAACAAGCGUAUCUAGACAGAGUUAAAUAUUUUAUCAUUGAACGAAAAAAAAAUAAGAUUGUGUCUGUACAACUGUAGGUCUUUAAUGUGUAAUAAAUAAUAGAUUAUAGAAUGAUUUGUUAUUGUGGUUCACUUAAAAAUUAAUCACUCAUAUUGGUGUAAUUGAAAUAAAUGCGAAAAGUUAUUAUGUGACGUAGGAAAGUUAUAAAAAAAUAAAAGUUAGUUCUCAUUGCUUCGUAAAUCAUAAAUCAUGAGAAUAAGUAAAUUCAUAUUAUUAUUAUUAUAAUAAUAAUAUUCCAGAUUUUUUGAUUAAAAAAAAUUAAAAUAACAAAUUACUGACUGUGAGUCAUAUAAAUAUUAUUGUAUUUCCUAAAAGUGCCUACGCAAUUCUAUAAUUCCUUCGCGCAUGCUGCGUGUUUUUGGCUAAGAUUUAAAGAAAUAUAUAUAAUAUGUCUUAUAUAACACUCCAUGGUCAAUUUAAAUGGUCGCAAAAAUUUUUCAAGAGCCAAACCAAAAUAGUAAUAAUAAUAAUAUUAAUAAUAAUCAAUUAUAAAAACUGCUAAUUAUAUAUUAUUUAGAGUAGAAAUACCGUUUUGGUCACUAGGGCCAGUUUUGGACACUUGAAAAAUACACGGAGAAAUUAUUCCUAUUUGAAAUGCUAUAGUGUCAUAGUAAAACCAGUCCAUGUUGGUCACCUGACGGAAAUUGAAAUAAACACAUGGAAAAAUUAAAAAUGGUUACCAUGGUAAUGGUAAUUUUUCCAUGUGUAUUUCAAUUCUGCAUAUAGUCAAAAUAGUCCAGCUGUACUAUGACAUCAUAGCAUAUCAGAAAUAGUUUCUCCGUAAAAAUAAAAUAAUUUGUAAACGACAAUGACGAUUGAUUUUUGAAACGUGUACAAAGAUACAUUUAUCACACUGUUACAAUGUUCAUUUCAUUUUAUACUUUUUGAUUAAUUAACAUAAAGUAUUAACUGUCCAAAAAUAGAGCGUGACCACAAAUGGUACAUCUACUCAACAUUUUCCUGUGCGUGACAAAUGCGUAGGAACAUUCAUAUGUAUAUUAAAAUCAUAUUUGUAAUAAAUUGACAUACGUAGGUUUCAAUAAAUGCUUACACUGUCAUCUAAAUUUGAGUGAUAUUGAUGCACGUUGUUUACUUAAUAAAUAAAUAAAUAAAAUUGUGUAUAAAUAAACGGAUGUCAAUUGCAAUAAAUCCGAUAAGAAUAGAUAUAAAAAUAAUUGUGGAUAGUAUUUGGAUAAUAAAAUAAAAUAAUAAUUUGAUUUUUGUGAAAAGUGAUCUUGCAAUCACAGCAGCAUUAUUAUUAUUGUUGAGUUAUUUUAUGGAAUUUAUUGUAAAUUGUAUUAUAAAUUGAUGAGUGUUUUAAUUGAAUUGUUUCAAUGAAAAGUAAUGAUAAUAAUAAUGCUUAUUAGAUUAUCUAACAGAGUCAUGGCAAUUGUGAAAACGAUAGUUUGAAUCAUCUAAUUACUACUUUUAUCUAAUUCGCGUGGAUAAGAUAAAUAAUAAUAAUGAAUUGUACUGAAAUUGUGGUAGAAGAAUUAUGUGAGCCUUUAUAGUUAUGCGGAGAGACGAUUUAAUUAUUAUAGAAGACAUUAAAAAAGUAAUAUAGUUUUAGUAAUGCUUUCUUAGCUUACAUAUCAUAGUUAUUUAAAAAUAUUGUUGUCAUUUGUAACUGUUUUAUUUUAUUAAUUAUAUUUUUAUCAUUUUUAUUAUAUAUUUUUUAAUUGUUUAUUAUUUAAUACGGUGCUGUACGGUGAAAAUAAUAUAUUAUGAAGAUAAUUGAAGGCCAUGACAUAUACAUACUGUGACAAUUAAAAUUUAUACACGAAAACAAUCAUAAUCUACACGCAAAGCUGAUUAUUUUUAUUAAAUAUUUAAGUUUAAUUUAUUUAAUUAAUAAAAUCGAGUGUGAAAAAUAUAAAAUAACAUAAUGUGAAAUCCGUCAGAAUUUUUAAUAAUAAUAAAGCUGAGGCUGAGAUAAAAAACAAACAAAAAAAAACAAACGAUGCUACAAAGUUACAAGAUCUCUAAUCAAAAUCUUUAUAUUGCUCUCAAACUUUUGUACGCUUAUUCUAUUUUAUCUAGUCGUCUCUAAUGUGAAUUAAUAAAAUAUAUAUAGUAGGUAAAAAAAUAUAUGAAAAAAAAAAAUUGGAAAUAAAAUAAAAUGCAUCGAGUAUAAACUAUUUGUCAAUUUUUAAAUACUCGAUAUCUCUGCGUGUCUGUUUCUGUCCGGGAUAGAUUUAUAUAUAUACAUAUAUGAAUAUAAUUUAUACACAUAUUUUUAUUAAUUUAUAUUCAUUUAACCAACAUAAUGUAAUUAUAAUUAUAAUUACUAAUUAUACUUAUAUUUAUACCUAAAUUUAUACAUCUUAAAAUAAGACGAGCAAUAAAUAUGUAACAAUAAUUAUGUAUAUGUAUAUGUAUAUGUAAUUUAUUUAUUGUUAAAUGGCCGGAUAAAUGUGCAUUGAAAGUUGCUGACACGUAGAUAAAUAAAGUAAUUAAAAAAUAAAAUAAAAUAAAAAUGAAAAAACCAAUGGAAAGAAAAUACGAGAGACAGACGAUGAUCUCUUCAAGAUGUUUAUAAAUAUAUGAGAUCUAUUAAUAAUUAAAUAAAAUAAUAAUAAUAAUAAAUAUCAGCGCACCUUGUAAAGAUCAUCUCUGUACAAUCGAAAUAAAUUUGCACUUUUCCAAAACUUUA